GUGACAGAACGCAAGAUGUCUUCUAUACAUGCACUCACCAGUUACGUAUUCCUCGUCACCGUAAAUGCUGCGUCCGGAGUGGGCGAACGGGACGGUACAAAAGAUGAAAGGUUCUGUGACAUAGAAUUAAUUUCUGGGAAGACAAAAGUCAAGGCUCAUAGAGUAGUUUUAGCUGCUAGCUGUGAAUAUUUUGAUGCUAUGUUCAAUGUUGGACUUGAAGAAACUCAAAAGGGUCGUGUGUUACUACAUAGUGUACCAUCAGUUAUACUUCCUUUAAUUAUUGAUUUUAUAUACACAGGUGAAAUAACAAUUGACAAAGCAACAGUACAAAACUUAUUGAUAGCUGCUGAUAUGCUACAGUUAAGAGAACUAGUUGUUGGCUGUGGUGAAUUUUUAAAAAGGGAACUUCAUCCAUCAAAUGUGCUUGGUAUAUUUAGAUUUGCAGAAACGCAUAACUGUAAAGAGUUAGCAGAAGAAGCCUUAACUCAUGCGCAAGCACACUGGAAUUUGGUAGCAAAUGGUGAUGAAUUAUUAGAAUUACCAUUGCAGCAACUUAUAACGCUUUUAUCAUCUGAACAACUUAAAGUUGAUAAUGAAGCACAGGUUUUAUACCCAGCUUUGAAGUGGUUAGAGCAUGAGCCUGCAACUAGAAGACGUCAUUGUUUUGAAGUUCUAAGUCAUGUAAGGUUACCAUUGAUUUCCCCGCAAGUAUUGGAUAGCGCUAUAAAAACUGUUCACGACCCGUCCAUAGCAGUUGCCUUAAAAACUGUCCGAGUGGAUAUGAAAUCAGGCCGUGGAGCCCUAGUAUCACUAUCAGCAGAACCCCGUGCCCGCGCUAGGCGUGUCCUUGUAAUAGUAGGCGGGUCAUGUCACGACAACGUACCUCAUCCUGCUGUUACAACAGACAACAUUCUUUUUUCCGCUUUAAAAUUUGAUCUACAUAAACGGGAAUGGGAGGAGCUUGCGCCAAUGGGUAUAGCUCGCAUACAACCAGGUGUUGCCACAUUAGGUGGUCGAGUUUACGCUGUCGGAGGUGAACAGGGAAGCCAAAUAUUAGCUAAUGGAGAAGUUUAUGAUCCACAGCUCGAUACAUGGUCAGAUAUUGCGCCAAUGAAAGAGGCGAGAUGCGAAUUUGGUCUGACGGCUUGGAAGAGCAAUUUGUACGCGUUUGGGGGAUGGGUGGGGUCUGACAUGGGGUCCUCUGUGGAGGUCUAUGACCCGGUUUCUGAUGAAUGGACGCUGGUUGAAAACAUGCCAGAGCCAAGGUUUGGCAUGGGCGUUGUUACUUUUGAAGGUCUGAUAUACGUAGUAGGGGGGUGUACACACACGUGGCGUCAUACACAAGACUUGCUUUGCUAUCACCCGUUGUUACGCAAAUGGCAGACACUGAAGUCCAUGCGACACGCAAGAAGUCAGGCAGCAGCUGUUGUAUUGGAUAACUAUCUCUACGUUAUAGGAGGGAUUGGACCGAGACGCACUGUGCUUGCUUCGGUUGAGAGAUAUAGCUUCGAUGAUGACCGAUGGGAGGAAGUCGGUAGCCUUAAAGAGGCUCGCGCGUGUUGCGUAGCGGGCGCAGCGGAAGGUGUUUUAGUGGUCGCAGGAGGGGACACAGAAACCGAACACCGUGCGUUCUACCAGGAACGAACCACGCUCUCCUCGGUAGAAAUAUAUGAUCCAGUGGAGAAUACCUGGCGAUCUGCCCCUCCGUUGCCCCAUUCUAGGACCGAAGCAGGCGCCGCGCUUCUCUGACAUAUCUUCAAGCCGGAGUACACUGUAUACUACCCGAUACCACAUAAAUUUGACUCUUAUUCCUUUCUUUAUUUCUCGUAGUUAAUUUAAGUGAAUCUUGUAAAGAUACUCCAUAAUAAUGACUGGUUCUGUUUAGGGUUUUUUCUUUACUUGAAACUAUUUUAUCACUUCCAUAAUACAAUGUACUAUUUUUCGUUCUGCUCUUAUACGGCUAGACUUUUCUAUAUUGCCUUUUUGAUGUUUGAUUAUACGUAAAAAGAAGAAUACUUCAUAAGCACACAAGAUAUAAUCCAUGGGAUAAACAAGAAUGUUAACACGAAACUGAUUAAACCACAAUAAUUUUCAUAUAGAUUUUGAAUCUUAGGGAAGCAUUUAUUAUAAAUAUAUAUUUAAUUUAAUUUUUUUUUUGACAAAAUAGAUUCUUUAUCUGUCGUAAGAAUUAUUUUUCAUGCUAUUUGCAUUUAAACAAUGUUUAGUAUGUUAGGUGAUACAAAUUUUUUAUCCGUCAAAAUUCAAAACCUAAUAUAGUUUUAUUGGUUCACAAAAAAUGACGCCUGUGAAACCACAAACUGUUCAAAUUAUAUUUGAUAUAACUUAUGCAAUAACAUAUCACUUACAAGUAUUAUAAAUAUAUUCUGAUGGGGUAAAAUUAAAUCAAUCAGUUUCUCAUAGAAAAAAUAUAUUUGAGAUCUGUUAAAAGCUUGUUUUUUUAUUAGUUUGAAACUGAUAACACCGUUACACUCGCUGGCCGCUUAAGGGAUUAAGCCGCAAAUUACUAAUGUCGCUGGCUUUAAAAAAAUAUAAGUAAUACGUUGAUUAGACAGAGUACCAGAAACAUUCGUACUUAUAUUAAUGGCUUGCUAAAAAGGUUAAAAAUCGUUUUAUAAUACUAUUACGGGCAAUCAAUGAAUAUGUGUGGAAAGAGAACCGUGGCGGUUAUGCGAACUAAAAUAUCGAGUAAUUUUUUUUAUUCACAAAAAAUGUAUGUGUACUUUUUUUAUUGAACAAUAAUACGGAACAAAAAAACAAGAAGAUAAUUUAGCACCACUGCCAACUCAAAUACCACGGUUCUCAUUCCACGAAUUUGCCUAACAUUGAUAACAUUGUUAACCGCACCUUCAUUUUAACACAUUGUGACAAGGUACCAACAAAUUAGCAACUUGCGACAUUAUAUUUUAGUUGUUACAAAUCAUAUAUUUAGUUUCUUGUACAAAUAUUUAGUAUAAACGAAACUAAUGAGAAAUAAAUAUGUAUGUUAAAAUAUUUAAGUAAUUAUCGAUAAAAUACAAUGUUUUUUAUCGAUUUAUACCUACGUUAAGUGAAUUUUACAAUUUGAAUAACCUUUGUGUAUAUACUUAGAAAUUUAUACAUCCUUCCUUUAACUAUGUGAUAUAUUUUAUACAACACGAAUGUAAUAAAUGGAAAAUAAAACCAAGUAUGAUUUCAA